AGUUAAUUGAUACUUUAAACUGUUUUUGUAAGUGAUGUCUUUAAAUUUUUUAUUACAUAAACUUUUUUAAAUAGCUGACAUUCCAGGGCAAAGUUAAAGUCAAAGUGGACAAACUUUGACAAAGUAUUACUAUUUUAUUAGUAAGUAAGCUGCAAUUUGUAAUCUUCAGUCAAUUUGAAUUAGGCCCUAUGUCUAUGUGAAUGAAAUAUUUUAUUUUGAAGUUGAUAUUCUUUAUUAUAAUUAUUAUACUUUAUAAUUAUAUAAUAUUGACCCCCUGGAAAUGGACUGAUGAAUGGAAUGGGAAGUGGGUGUUAGUAAAAAAAAUUUAAAAAAUUAGUGUUAGUGUUACUGGGGGUAAAUAAAUAGUCCAAAAGAACUUCUCUAUUUAAUUUUCAUUAGUAUUAGGCAUCGGAAAUGUUGAUUUAUUGUAUGAAUUAUAAGUAUAGUAUAAGAUAAUAAAGGUGAACUAAGGGCCAGGGCUAUGCAAAGGGGCAGGGCGAAUGGAGGGUGUCUUUCCUGUUACUGUUGCCAGCUUGGUGGGGGGGUGGGGUGGGGGGGGGGCAAAAUCAACUAGUGUGUGAAGGGGGGCAUUCCGCCCAGGCAUUAAGAUCAGGAGGGGGGGGUGGGUGCCAAAAUAGUAAAUUCUCCAUAUUUAGCCUAUAUAUAAUAUAGGUAAUCUCAUGUUUUAAUGUGUUUAAGCUGUAUCUCCCCAUGAGAAAUGAAAAUGAAACCCAUUGUCAGUAGGAUCAACAAAAAAUCAAGCCUUUUCUGAUAACUAUUUAGUAACAUUUGAUUUUUAAAGUGACAUUUAGUAAAAAAUUUAAAAUAAAUGAAUUGGUUUUCGAUAACUUUAAAUUCAACCAGAUGUUUCAUUUAAGAAGGACAUCUCAAUUUCAAUAACAAAAGAAGUUUCCAAAUAGAUAACAAAUGGUGCUGUGAAUGACAUAAGAUUGCUGGCGCUUAAAUAUUUUUUCUAAUACAUAUCCUUAAAUGGUUUUUAUAUUAGAUUAUUAAUAAGCAUUCCACUAUUUUCCUCUAGCAUCUCUUUUGUUGCUCUCCGAUUAACUGUAGAAUGAGGAAAGGGUAAAUUCAGGUAAGCAUCAAAGUGCAUCCCUGCAUUUUAGAUUUAUCAAACAUUUCUGGAGAGCGGCUCAAUUAAGACUUACACAAAAACUAACAAAAACAAAAAUGUUAAAGAAAAUUUAAAUCUAACCUAUGGUGACCAGACAAGUUUACCCAUGACAGUUCCUAUUUAUGCAUCACCCAUCCCAGCUUCCCUGAAAGGUCAGGAAAUGUCCAGGCCUGUGGCAUUUUCUUACAAACUGCCUACUUUUACCUAGACCCAUUCUGAUUCCAAGUCAUUCUUUCUGCCCAUCGUGAUGUCAGACAGUUACUUGACCUUCUUCUGAGUCUGAUGCCUACUGGUGGCUAUUUUUUGCAGUAUGGAAAUGAAAGGAAGGCGGGGCCUAAGGUGGAAGAAGACAGAUUGUCAGAUGGCAUCAGCCCUGCUUUGCCAAUGCAUUGGAUGAUGUUUCAUCCAGAUUCUUAUUCUCUUACAAGUGAUAUGACAAAUUUUGUCCUUGUACAUUAGAUUAGCCAUUAGGCCAUAGUCUAUGCUAUGCUCUCACCCUGAUAAGGGCUGAUUUACUCAUCAAUACUGCAUUUGAGGUGAGCCGUUUUCACUUAGACUUAAUUAAUUUUGUACAACAAAAUUGAAAGGUCUGACAAUCUUGUUGGUUUUUUUUAACUUUAAGUUUAACUCUUUAAGUACUUAUUGCUGUGCAAACUUUACUGUAGCCUGUACUCUGUAAAUUACUUAUAGCUGUGAAGCUGACAAUAUUAAUUUACUAAUAAUGAAUAUUAGACACAGUCACAACAACACUUGGGGAUGCUUGCCUGUUCCUUACACUUACAGCUGUAUUUUACUUUGUUUUCCUUCAGAGUGCAGAGUGGCAAUGCUUCAACUCUUGCCUGUUUGGAAUUUGGUUUGUUUUUCCUUUCUUUGGAGUUGGAACAUGCACAUGUACAUGGGAUGCAUCAUCCUCAACUGAACUGUACAUAAUGAAAUGAAGCUGUUCAAAUGUUUUGUUUUUCUGUCACUGACACACUAGCAGUAGGUCAGUAGGUGCAAAUGUGCCUUCAAAAAGUCUUACAGAGUUCUUCAGAAAUACAAGUUGUGAAACAAAAGAAAUUCAGUCAGUUGCUGUGGAAGGUACUAUAUUUCACAGUCAGUCACAAACACAGCUUCCAUUCCAUAGACUGUACCUCAAAGCUAAUCCAAAAAAUAUUCAAUGCAAAGUUUACUUGAGCAAGAACAAAGACAGAAACAAUUUUUGUGAAAGUUAUCUCACCUCUUACAAUGAAGCAUCUGAAAGAUGAGCUGGAAAAUGCAAACUUUGUGUCUUUGUUCAUUGAUGCAUCCUAUCAUAAUGAGAUCAAGUUGUUUCCUAUACUUUUUCGCUAUUUUUUGCCAUAUAUAGUAAUUCAAGUAAAAAUCUUUGAAAGAUUUGCUCUGAGAAACAGCUGCUCUACAGCACAAUUAUAUUAUAGAAACACUGGAAUCACAUAAGCUGUCACAGAAACUUGUCACUUUCUGUGCCGGUAAUGCCAAUACAAAUUUUGGUGGUGAAAAGUCAAUGUAUAAUGCAAACUAAAUGAAACACUCAGUCAUAAAGUCCUUGGCAUUACAUGUGCACUACACAUUUUUCACAAUGCUAUUCACUCAGCAGCAUAGUGUCUCUCUGUAGAUAUAGAAUCAGUUGUUUAUUAGAUAUAUAUGUACUUUUACAUAUACUUUUCUAGUUGCUACCUUACAAGAAUUCUAUGAUUUUGUUUCAAUAGAUUAUGAAAAAUUACUUAGCUACAGCAAAACCAGAUGGCUAAAUAUCAUGUUGGCUACAGCAAGAUUAUAAAAAUAUAACCUGGGCUGAAAUACUACUUUCUCUCAGACUAAUGCCCUGUCUUGCUACAAGCCUUUUUUUUUUGAAGAUCCACCUGCAGAGCUGUAGUUAAAUUUUGUACAUACUCAGGCAGCAUCAAUUUAAGCAACUUUUCUGCAAAUUGCAAAAUCAGACUGCAAUAUGUGUUGAAGUGUACAGAUCUUUGAAAUACCUUAAUGAUAAAAGCGAGACAGGAGUUCACUCUCAUAAUAUUUCUAAGUAAGUUGAAGGAGUUAGAAAAAGAUAUUAAUCCCUAGAAUUUCUAUUCACAAAUUAUUGAUUUUUAUGAAACGAGUGCAAAUUACUUGGACUGCUAAGGCAAUCAAUUUGAAGGGAUUAGAUAGUUUUGAUUGGGUGCUUUUGAGAUCACAACCAUCAUGGGAAGAUGUUCGAAAGUGCAUUGGUUCUGUGAAUGACAUAUUUCCUGACAAGAUAAAUGACAAUUAACUAUUUGAUGAUCUCCAAUAUCCAAAGAUAUUUCACUGCAGAAUAAGUUAACGAGUUGGCUACAGUAGAAUUCCGUGUAGAGAAACAAUGGAUGAAAACCUUUCAGCACUUGGUGAACCGUUAUGUUUCUUGUGAAAAUUUGAAACUUAUGGCAGAUUUUGCAUUAUGUCUUACAGUGAUAAAUGCUCCUGCUGAAAGUGUAUUUUCUCUGAUUAAAAACAUCUGUAUAGGAGCUAAAUCACAACUGAAACAUAUGCUUGUUGUCAAAUGCAAUGUCAAUGAUUCAUUGUGACAAGUUUUAUGAUAUGUUAUUAAAAAUCCUGAUGUCCUGAGAGCUUCUCACUAUUCUCAGAAAUAUUAUUGUGACAUGAGUAUGAAAUUAAUAAUUACAAUUCACUUGUUGAGCCUUCAUCUUUCUGAAAUAUCAGUUGUCAAUUGCUUUUUAUUUUUUAAUGUCUAUUGUUAGUAACUCACUGACAACUGCUUUUGCACAUUGAAAAAGUGACAUGUUCAAUCUCAGCCUCAAAAAGUAUUUACACAUUACUCACAAAACACUUCUGGUACUUUCCUACUUUACUGUUCACAAAUAUUUUACUGCGAUACCUGAUUAACAUAAGGUUUCCAUACGUCCAUAACAUACAGUUGUCUAUACAAUGUACACUAAUGAAUUUGUUCUUUGCACUUCAGGAAAGCGUGUCUUUCAGUUGAUAUUAACAAACCAUUUUUGUCUUCCCCGGGUCCCAGGUUAACCCCCAGUAAAAUCUGGUCACGUGUCUAGCUAGAAUCCUUAGUUAAAAUGUAUAAUUUUGUGACAUUUACUAAAUAUCUUCUCUCCUUUCUCUUUCAAAAAAGCUUUAUUUUUAUAACUUUUAAACUUAAAUGUGCUCAUUUCAAAUACAGAAAUGUCUGAGACAGACAAGAUAUGGACAAAGUCAGAUGGCAAUGAUCCUGAAGAAAUAAGAGUUGCUUUGGAUCCAGAAUUGAUGAGCACAACUGAUGCUGACAUUUCCAAUUUAAGGUGAAGCUUUAACAUGAACCAUCUCAAAAUUACAAUACACUUUUCAUGUUUUAAAAUUAAUUAGCAGAGAUGUAUACCUCAUUUAGUUUUAGUGUCGUGCUAAUUUUAUAAUUUUAAUUUUUUAAAAUAUUUUAUCUGAGAUUAAAAAAUGUUAAUACAUUUGACUUUCAUUCAACUGACUAAGCUUCUUACACAUUUUAUUGUAGAAAAAAUUUUAAUUGAAUCAACAACAAUAAAUAAUAGACCUAUCAACUCUUUUUAGAAGCCCCCAGAAUUUCAUGAACGCUUCAAAAUGAAUUCUAUUUUGAAUCAAACCAUAUCCUUGAGUUAUCCAAAUGUUACGUGAAUUAACUAAUCAGUUUCAUUUGUAAAUGUUAUUUAUCUGGCACAAUAAAAUAAUUUUGCUGCUCAUCUGAUUUUGAGAUGCUUUAAAGAUCUACCAAUUUUUUAAUAUGUUUUGUCAAGUACUGGUAUGCACUUAUAUUAUUUCAAAGUUAUUUUCGGUUCAAGUUUUUUCCAGUUUCAGAAUAUGACAAUCAGAGUCAUUCCUACCUUGAUGAAAGUAUUAUUUUGUUCUUAUUUACAAUACCUCCAGCACAUUUUUUUAUUUUUACUAAGUGUGUUAAAUUGCAGCUCUCCUUGAAAAAUAAUAAGUGUAUUAUAUUGCAGCUCACCUCAAGAAAUUGAUACAAACUAUGAACUAUCUGAGCAUCAUGAUGAGGAUACAAGGGACUUGACUGAACCAAAUACUCAGAUAGAGGAGGGGAACCAUCGCAUCAUUUUAGGUAGUCAACAAUUUUUUUUAAUGCUACUUAAUUUAUCAAUGCUAAGUUUCUUCAGGCGACUACAUAAAAUUAAUAUAAUAUUGUAUUCAUGAUUUAAAAAAAAAAAUUUUGGCAGCCCCCCCCCCCCCCCAUAGCUAAUUACAGUAACUCCCUUACUUUCAGAAAUACUUUUUAAAAAUUAUUAUAAGGAUAUUAUAAAUCUUAUAAUUUGCAUCAUUGGCAGGUAAAAUUCUAGCCUUGUAAAGACAUAAUAUCAACACUAAAGAUACUAAAAAUUAUAUUAUAAUAAACUUACUUAUUUGGAUCUUUUCACAUUGUUAAAAUUAUCUUUAAUUUUUUUUUUCUAAAGAUGAAGAGGUGCUCCUUCAAGCAGUUGUGCUUAUCGAGGAUGCAUAUAGUGUGAGUAUUCAUUAAAAAAUGUUGAACUUGCUAUAAGAAUGUUAUAGUUGUGUUUAAUCAUGGCUGCAUCAAACACAGUUGAAGCAAUGUAUCGGUAACCAUUGCUGAGUCCAUGGAAAUGGCUGAAUAUAUCCUAUUAAUUAUUAAAGAAAAGAUAAUAAAGAUGAGCUCAUGUAAGGAAUGAAGAAGCCUUAAGAUCAGGCGGAACACAGAGCCUUGAAACAAUGGGUGCCAUGGGCUCAAUACACUUUGGUGGGGGCAGACUACAUCUACCACAGCUAAAACCACAAUACACUGGAGUUCACCAGAAGUAUAGAGGUAACAAUGAAGACUUUGAGAAAGGCAUUUUAAAGGGUCCAGAAUUUGGUUGCAAUUAGCCUUGACAAUGCUGAAAAUGAAGUGUCAGACGACAGAGAAAUUUAGAAAUCAUUUGUUGCUCAUUGCACUAUAAAAUGUGGGAAGAACUAAGUAUACAUAUCCUAAUGGCAAGAAAAAUAAGUAUGGUGAAACAUUGAAGAAACUAAAAUCAAAAUAGUGCCUUCCAUAGCAUAUGUGUUAACUCACCCCGGCACGAAAUGAUUGUUUAAAACCUGGUUGAACCUGCAAAUAGCACCAUACAUGCAAAAAAAGUACCACUUUUGUUUCUGUCCGAAGGGUUUGCCUUAUUUCCAGGUUUCAGCGGUAUAAUUUUUUUCCCAAUAAUUUAGAAUCUCCUAAAUCAAUCAUAUUUGUCAUUUUGAAAAAAAAAAGGUUUCACUGGUGAAGUAUUGCCUUCAUAUGGUAUUUAAUAAAUAAAUAUGUAAUCUAUAUUUUAGUAUCGCACCAUCAACCACAGACUUGGAGCAAAUUACCUUCAUGUCUACCGAAAGUACCAGUCCUUCCCAGUUGUUGUGUGAGUUUUGAUACCAUUUCUUUAUUUUUAUUUAAUUUAAAGUUUUACCUCCUAAAAAUCAUAUGUCUAACUCAGAUUUUAAUUAUUUAUUAAUUGAAAACCUGAUGCUGUUUACCAUGUUAUAUCUAUUUUAGAAAAGUUUAUCCAGCAGGGUUGGGUAAAAUUAUUUAAUUCUUGGGCAAGUAAUAAAAGGUUAUAAAUGCAAUGGAUCCACAGACACAUUUUUAAACUUAGUUAAGUUUUUAAACUCUCUGAAAAUUGAUAACAUCAAAUUUAUUUUUCUUGGCCUAUUUCAGAUUUCGAAUUACUGUAAUCUUACUGUUGCAUUUGCUAGCUUUUAUAGAAGACCCAUCAUCACUUACUAAAACCUCUGACCUCCGAACUCAGGGGACCAGGGGAUCGGUUCCUUGCUGGGUCACACAGUGCUUAGAACUGAUUUGUUUGUCUCUGCUCCUAAUCGACAACUUUCUUAGGGUAACAGAAAAUAUUAAAAAGAUAAUUUUUUAUAUGUAAAACUUGAUUUUACCUAACACAUAAGAAACAUUUCUUGACCUCUUGACUUUUAGAAAUGUUCUUGUCCCAUAGUUGUUGUUUUUUUUUGUGGUUGUUUUUUGAUGUUUUGUUGUUCUUUAAAUAAUGAGUCAAUAUGAUGCAUUGAUGGUAGCUUUUUAGAAAAAUGAAAUAAAAUUGUUAAAUAUUUAUUAGGGGCUCGCCAUUGAUUAAAUUAGAUUCUUUUAUGCUUAAAGAAUUAAUUACUGAUGAGCUUUCUUGAAUAUUUGUACAAAGGCGUAUCUGACAGGCUAUCACUACUUUGUACGUCAAAAGUGGGACAUGGCAGCUGUCGCAAUCAUAACCGUUUCUCUGCUUGACUGGGCGGUGUCAUUCGGCAUGAAUUGUCACGAGGUAAGAAGCAACUUUUAGUUGUCACUUUUAUUUGUAUGGCUGCCCCACAUGUUGUAUUAUGCUGUUAAACUAAAAAAAAAAUGCUUAAAGCUUUCCUUAUGUCUCUGAUGUUAAAAACUUUCUACAACAUUAGAUCUUUUACCUGCUUUGAGUUUGCUUAGAAAAACGAUUUGAAAAAUAUAUUUUUGCAAAUAGAAAUGGCAGCUUUUAAAACUAAUGUUUUUGUUUUGGUCAUGGGUCAAAAAUAACUUCAUAGAGACCUUGAAUUUUCUCCAGCCACUUAGAUGUCGGCGUCUUCUUAGGCCAUUCUUCAUCCUUCAGAAUUCAUCCCUAAUGAAAAAAAUAGUCAGGUGUUUGAAGAGGACACUGCCAGAGGUCAUAAGGUAAUGUGAUUUGAAAUUUCUUCUUUGAAUAUUAUAGAAAUUAUUGAAGAGUUUAAGGCUAAAGUCCAUCAUUAAAUAUUCACAGGAUUAUUUUACAUUUAAAAAAAGUUGUUUUGUUAAAGACACUAUAAAUGAAUUGAUCAAAAACAAGAUAAAUAAUUUAUUCUUUGAAGAUUUUAUUUUUAUUAAACAUAAAAAUAGACCUUACAGACAGCAUCCAUUAAAAAUUAUUUAUUUUUUUUUUACAAUCCUUCUUUUGUUCAUAUAUGAACAAAACAUUGAAUUAUUUUUUUUUAAAUAUGAAACUCUAUCAAUUUCAUUUUAAUACUCCAAACUGUUUGCUAGAGAAUUACUUAACCUGUAUUCCACAGUGUGUUGCUGUUGCUUGCCCUGCAUAUAAUUGUGUUUACAAUGUUUGCCAUGCUGCUGUUUCCAAUCUAUGAGGUAGCUACUGCUUUAUAAAACAGGCUUCUUCUUACCAUCACCUUAUGCGUCUGUUCUUUUCUGCUGAAUUAGAUGGAUCUGCAUCAAUUUUAGCAAACAAUCUAGGCAAAAUGAUGCUUAAAAUUUAAUUAUCAUCAAAAGAAAAUGUCCUGCAGCUUCAUUAACCAUUUAACAUCAAGUACUCAAAUAACAGCAAUGGUGCCAUGAGACCUUUUUUUUCUUUUGGUGUAAACUUAGUUCAAGGAUAGAACCAUUGUGUGUUUGAUGAUGUGAUUGUUUGUUACAGCAAUUAUUUAAUGUAUUUGAUCCUGAAGACUUUAAAAAAGGAAUAGUAAAAGGGGAAAAAAUGGUGGGUGGGUGGGGUGUACUACGACUGAGCUAUAAAACCAAAUUUUGGAACUGAAAUGUCAAUUCUUCAAUUGUUAGGUCAAGGAAUCUAAUGUGACUCAUAUCGCGUCAGGAAAUGGAUCUGACAUACCAGCAACAACUCCAACAGUGAGUGGCCUUUUUUUUGUUUUUUUGGUUAUUAGACAUGCGUUCUGUACAUUGAACUUGCCCUUAUAAAGUUAUCUCAUUUGAAAUACAAUCUCUUUAAUGGUACUGUUUUGUUAUACUACUGCUACGUUACCUCUUUUUUCUUCUCCAGCCUGACGAGGGUAUGAGAUAUUUUAAUUCUCUUCUGGAAUCAUUUGUCAGCUUGCUGGUUCUAUUGACAACAGCCAAUCAUCCUGAUGGUACAUAAACAAUGCUUUUCCAGUUUUAGAUAUUAGUCCUAUUUUUAAGCUGAUGUAUGUGACCAGCAGUUUGGUGCUUUGUAAAAACUAAACUCUGUAUGUUGGAAAUAUAACUUAUGUCAAGUCUAUUACAUUUCAGUUACUCUUCCUGCCUACAGUCGUAACAGAUUUGCCUCCAUUUUCUUCAUAAUUUAUCUGCUCAUUGGUAAGCCAUUUUGAUUUAGUGCAUUGGUUAAAAGGAAAUUAUGGGACUCAAAUAAUGUGAGUCCUUACAUAUAACAAUGCCUUUGGUGGUUUCUAAUAACCCAAUCAAGAGAACAUUUUUUGUAGCAUACAUUUUGCUUUCAUCUAAUUUUAAACUCAAUCCUCACCGAGACACAGAGAAAACAACAAACACCCCAGUUAAAUUGAGAACCUUAUAUUUUUUUUAUAAAUAAAAAUUUCAUGGCCACAAAAAGGGACUUGACUCCUAGUUAAAUAAAGGCUUGUGUAAUUAUUUAAGUAUCUUCAAAUUUUUUUAUUUCUGUUUUAGUAUUCAUUAAAAGCUUUCAAUAAUUUAAGUUCUGUGUUCAGUUCACUAAAAGUUAUAGUACAAUACUUUAUUAUUUCAGGUCUCUAUUUCCUUAUGAACAUGCUCCUGGCUGUCAUUUACAACCAGUUCAGAGGUUACUUCCUUGUAAGGGAUUCAAUCAACUAAUAUUAAUUUAUAUCCUUAAAUUCUUCAACCUCUAGAAUCUGAUGUAUUUAAUGGUUGAUUACUAUUAUUUAAAGUAGUUUUUUUUUUCCUUGGUUAUAAUUGUUUUUUUAUUUUAAAAAUAUUUAUUACCAGGUUAUCCAAAGUUUUUUAUCUAUUAAUUACUCACUUACCUUUAUGAAAUUUUAAUUCUCAGAACUCGAUGCAAAGCAGUCUACUAAGGAGACGCCUUGGAGUUCGAGCUGCCUUUGAAGUUAUGAGAAGAAAGCGAUAUGGUGCCAUUGGCCAAAACAAAAAUCCUUUCUGUGACUUAGGGUAAUGAUGUUAUGCUCAUAGCCUGGAAGGGUAAUGACGUUAUGCUCAUAGCGUGGAAGAAAUAAGGUUAAUUACCUGGUUUUUAAACAGCUGAAGCCAUGGAUUUAACAAUUACAGUACCAGUGAAAGUUUUUUUAAAAACUUUUAUAUACAAAUAUACCUACAUAGAUUAACAUACAUAUAAAAUGUUUCUCUUUUUUUUAUUGUUCAAUUAGACUAUUCAGCAUGGCAUGUAUUUUUAUUAAAUUAUAAAAUUUUUUAAGACGUUUUCAAAAAAAUUAAUUUCUUCAUGAGUUCUUUUAAAAAACAGAAAGAAUAAUUUCUAAGAUAGAUACCUGUAAAGAGAACUAAAUGCAUUUGUUAUAACUUUAUUUUCAAAAUUCAACAGUAAAACAGCUUUACUAGAUUUGAUAACAAAUGUUGACUGCAAACCCUAAGAUUAUAAGUCAGCAUGUUCUUUUUAACUUAGAUUGCUGUUAAUACUUUCCCCAGGGCUGGCAUUAGCGGCAGUGUCAUUAAAAGCCUUAUUGAGAGGAGUUUGCUCCCACAACAUGUACGCAGCUCCCUACUAGAGGUAUGUAUGGUAUUUUUGUUCACAAUAUUUACCAAUGAUUAAUGGGCUUGUGAUGUAAAUGCUGACAUUUUUCUAUUUGAUUUUGUUGAGAUCACAUUAACUGGCAUACUGAUUCAUUUUGUUUACAUUUCUUUAAUGCAUAGAAAAUAAAAGAUGGUGAGAACCAAAUUUUCUCUGCCAGCCAGUUUAACUACAUCUUUCUCAGCCUUGAUAAUGAUGUUGUUCACAAACAGGUCGGUCCACUAUGAAACCACAAUUUACUUGCACUUUGUUAAAACUAAACCAAUAUAUUAUGUUUUUGCUAAAGUGAAAUUUGAACUCAAAUCAGACAACCUUAUUCUGUCAUUAAGUACUUGGAUAUAAAAAAUCUGCUCCGAACAAAAUAAUUUUUGUAAAAAUUUAAUGUAGUGAAAUGCUUAAAAGGAAAAAAAAAAUCAAUCAAUUAUAAUAUAAGGUUCUAGGAAAAAUAUAAUAACAGUUUUCUCUUCAAUUCUCUCAGCUGCCAGCUGUACGAUGGUUUACUCAUCGAAAAUGGAGGAUGAUCCAACGGAUUUUAGUGCACAAAUAUUUCACUUACUUUGGCAUGUUGAUGGCAUUCACUAAUCUGAUUAUUAUCACAGUAAGUAACAUCAUUGUCUCAGAAUUAUAUAUUUUGUAAGCUUUGAUGCUUCCUAUAAAAAUGUAUUUAAAUUAGAAUAACCCUCUCUGUUCGACAGAUUCAACUAGGGGCCAAGUACGACAGUUCAUUUAGAGAAAAUCACUCAACAUUGCGAGUGAGUAGCUUUGUUAUUUUAAAAAACAACACAGAAUUUUUAUUAAUACAAUUUCUUAGUUUUCUGUUACCCCCUUUCACACACCACCCUCCCCCAUAUAUAGCUUUUUAAAAAUGCCUUAGCAUCUUUUUAAGACUUUGUAGAAACAAUCUUAAUUUAACCAGCAUUAGUAAUAGUAAAUUUUAAUAUAAGUAAAAGCAAGAAAAAUACUAUUGAUAUUCACUAUAAGAUAUUCAUCUAUGUAUAAGAUAUAUAAAUUAUCUGACCUGUUACUUAUUUUUAAAAUAGUUUGGCCCGUUUACAAUUCUCUUACAUGUGGUAUAUUACAGAUUGUCAACUUCACUUUUGUGAUGUAUUACAUGAUAGAGCAAGCUGUCAAAGUCUGGGCUUUUGGUUGGCGUAGGUACCUGGCAGACUUGGGCAAUAUCUAUGACGCAGUCAUCACUGUGGCUUUAGUCGUAAGUUAUUGGUGCUUUGGGCAUUCUUUUUAAUUCUGUUGUACAAAAUUCUGUUUAAAAUAUCACAGUAGAAUAGCAGCUCUAGAUUAGGAAAAAAGAUGAGUUCUAAUAUAAUAAAUGCAUUUAUUCCAGAUUGGUGAGACAGUCUCAGCUUCACUUUAUGGUAUCCCAUACUUUCCAAGGUCAGUUUUUGCUGCGAUUUUUUAUGUGUAUGAUCAAUAAGUAAAUGAAUUUCUAAUUUAUUAGGAAAAAAAACUAAAUGUCAACAUUGACUUUAAGUUUGAGAAUAAAAACUAUCAAACUAUUAUUUCCUUGAUUGAAAUUCAAAUUGCAUUGAUUCCAUGUUAUACGAUAUUAAAAGAAACUGCCAUCAAGCUGUUUAUAAGCAAAUAUGAAGCACAUAUAAUGGGAAAACCUGAGAAGACUCUCCUUUACUGUGUGCUAAAUAUUGUCCUAUAUAAUAAGAAUUAUGUAGUUUUUGACUGAACUAUUCCAACCAAUUCUUAGCUCUAAAGAGAUGAUUGCUGGCAGCUCCAGCACUACCAUGUGGAACAUUCUCAGACUGGUGAAUGUUCUCAUCAUUGUGCGCCUCUUCAAGGCCAUCCCACACAUCAGGGUAAGACAUGCAAGUAAAAAUAAUUGGAGGGAUUUCUCCUUUGCAAAAAUUAUUGUUAAAAAGUUUUAAAAAGAAAAGAUUAUGCUUUUUUUUUUUUUUUAAGCAAUUUUCAAUAUUUGCCUUGCCUACUUAAGGGUACUCGUAUAUUUGAUUUACGAAUAUAUGUUUCUUUACGAAGUCUUACUUUGUCUAUACUAUAUACUAGUAUAUUUUUAUAAUUUAAUAUCAAGUAAAAAUAAUUGGAGGGAUUUCUCCUUUGCAAAAAUUAUUGUUAAAAAGUUUUAAAAAGAAAAGAUUAUGCUUUUUUUUUUUUUUUUAAGCAAUUUUCAAUAUUUGCCUUGCCUACUUAAGGGUACUCGUAUAUUUGAUUUACGAAUAUAUGUUUCUUUAAGAAGGCUUACUUUGGCUAUACUAUAUACCAGUACAUUGGUAUAAUUUAAUAAAUGUGUAAAUCCUACAAGAAAAAAAGCACCUUUAAUUAGAGUUAAAAAAUUUGAAUUAAAUAAUUAAUACCCAGUAUUACACAGCUACUCUUACAAAUAUCCUUAUGGCUAAAAAGUAUAAAUGCUGAGAUGAUGUUGAGCUUCUAAGUAUCAGUUCUGAACACUGAGAAAGAAUAAUACAUAUAGUUCAUCAACUAUGUCUUCCAUGAACGUGAAUAAUUUUUUGUUUAAAACCAUUUAAUAUUUGCUAAGUUAGGUAACAUAGAUAAACUAAGCUUUCUCUUUCAUUAGUCAAUGUCUCUCAUUGUCAUGGUGUUAGUGGACUUGUUACGCAACAUGAAGGCGUUUGCUGGAAUCUUAGUGGUAAGUAAUUAAGGCAUGUCUGAUAUUCACCAGAGAAAUACAUAUUAUAAUACAUAUAUAACGGUACAUUAUUAUAAUAAUAACAAAUCUUUAAAAAAUAUUACAAAGUACUAGAAAUUUUGUGGUCUAUUAAAUUUAACAUUAAAAUAUAAAUUUAAAAAAACAAGAGUACAAUACCAAAAACUCAUUUAAUUAUGCCUUUAAAAAGUCUUAAAUAUGUAGACUCAUUGUAAGUUAACACAUGUUUAAUAUCUAUAUUUUAUUUAUUCAUGCAGGCCAUAUAUUAUGUGUUUGCAAUAUUUGGCAUGCAGUUGUUUCAAGGAAAAAUUAAGUAUGAGCCAGAAUUUGCCAACAAGUAUGUAUACAUAAAAUUGUGUCUUAAAUGUUUCUAAACAUCUGUGUAGUUACGUUUUUUACUUUUACUCUCAUUAUCUUGUUUGUCCAUGUGUUGCAAUGAGGUAAUCCUGUAGCUUCAGCUAAAUGGACUCACCAACCACAACCAUUAUUUUAUUACAGAACAUUCCCUUGUGGCACUUAUGAGCAGAUGAACUACUGGCCCAACAAUUUUGAUGAUUUUUUUGUAAGUCCUUUAAAAUUCAAUUGUCAAUAUAUUUUUUUUUCAAAUCCAUCCAAUUCAUCCUUUGUUGGUCCUUAUAUUUUCCAGAGAACCUUGAAAAGCAAUAUGUCAAUUAAAUAAAUAUUUUUUUCUCUUUUUAACCCAAUAAUUUUUCACUCGCUUAACAAAAGGUUUGGGUUUUUUUUUUCUAGUCGUCAAUUGUUGUGUUAUGGGAUGUGAUGGUUGUCAACAAUUGGAUGGUGUUCCUACAAGUUUACAGAGACAAGACUUCACCGUAAGUGGAACAUGUUGACAAAUUAGUGAACAUUAUAUGUAUUUCAAUUUUUUUAAAUUAGGAAAAAUUAUAAUAUCUGCUAUUGUUUUACAUAUUUUUGAAACAUAUUUAAUGUAAUUUCUGAUAAAUUCAAAUGAAUAAAUGACCCCCUUACAAACUUAGUUCUUUAGCUUAACCUCAUCUGCUACAAAUUCUUAAAAGUGAAUAUUAGUUCUGUUUCUAAUUAAUUUGACAGAUUUUUCAAACAAUAAUGUGCUACUGCUAACCUAAUUAAUUUGUUACAGUUGGUCGUACCUGUAUUUUGUGGCCUGGUGGCUUUUAUCUGUCAUCAUUGUUCUGAACCUCUUUACAGCUCUUAUUAUGGAGGUAGUGAAUUAUAUCUAGCACAAUUAAUAUUUUUUAUCCUUAUGUUCCCAUUUUGAAAAGUUACAUAUGUAAACAAUUGCUAAAAAAAAAUCAUACAAAAUUUAAUCUGCUGCCAAAUAUAUUCUCCUUGUCAGUCUUGAAUAACAGUUUGUAAUUCUCAAACCUUUUCAUAUUAAGAACUUCAUAAUGAAGUGGGACAGACGACGUCAAAUGAGUGAGACCGACUCAGUGGGAGCAAACACCUAUGAACAUCUAACCAUUUCAGUUCAUCACAGCAAUGUUCAUUCAAUGUUCAAGUAAGUUAUUUUAAAGUACUUUAAAACCUAAAAUAUUGCAAAUAUUUUAAGAGUACCGUGCCAGUGCUAUAUAUAUUAGGACCAAAAAAAAAACAAUCAGAAAUCUCUGCAGGGUGAGUUUGUUAUAUUUUAUUUAUAUUGUAUUAGUACUGGUUUUUUUUAUUACUGGUAAAAUGAGGGAGGGUACAAGUGCAAAUAACAGGUAAUUCCCAUAGUCACAGGUGGAUGAAAGUGAUAUAAGCAAAUUAUAGUGAUGGAUGUUAGUGACAGGUACACAACCAGUCGAAACAAAAACUUUCUAGUUGUUUCUCAUUGCAGUAGAUCACUUUCAAUAUGGUUUGUUUUUAUCUUUCUUAGAGAUGUGUUGGAAGAACCUACUGAGAAUGAAUUGCUGUCAUCACUUAGAGCUCAUAGAUACCUGAAACUGGACAGGUGAUGGUGUUUGUUCAGUAAAAUUUUGGCAUUAACGUCAAAGAUUCUUAAACUGUGUUACAUGUAGCACUGGGGGAGCGUCACUCUGUUUGAGGUGGUUCUCACUCAGAGAUGAAAAAUAUAAAUAAAUACAAAUUUUCAGUCCAAAUAAACUUUGCACAUGGUGGUGCAAAAUUUUUAGAAGAUUAUUUUAGUGAUAUUUUAAAUUUUUAGAAGCCCCCUGAAUUAGAUAGUGAUAUCAGCUAGAUCACCCUUUAUAAUUAACUUAUUUCUUCUGUGUCGUACAUGUAGACACCAGAGGGUUUUUAUUAAAAUAUAAAAUAACUAUGUUAAAAGGUAAAGCAAAUUUUUUACAGCAAAUAAUUUGGGAUAUCUCAUCUCAUGAUUGGAUGCCAAACCAGAUUUAAAAUUAAUAAAAUAAUUUUGAUACAUGUACUAUUUAGUGAACUAUUUAGUAAAUGUUUACUUUUAAAGAAAAGAACAAAUAAAAUGACAUGUAAAUGAGGUAUAUUACAUUUCCUGUGUCCCAAGACAUUAUAUUGAUGGCAGUUCUAAGUUUUUCACAUUUGAACUAAAAGGGUUAUUGUCAUGAAGCUCUACAUUCUUAGUUUGUUCCUAGUAAACAGUUUCUCAAAAUAUUCCAAGCUACGUUUUUGAAUUGAAAGUUAACACCCGAGUCAUGAAAUUGCUUCUUAAAAAUAAGAGGAUAUAUAAAGAAGCACAAAAUCAUAUAAAUAAGCACAAAAUAAACUAUGGCUCAUUGAUUUACCAAAUUAUUUGAAAAUUAUUAUGUCAUUGCUUCUGCAUUGUUCCUUUCAACUUUCUUCCUGAAGUGGCCCUCCCUGUGACACAGAGUUUGUUCCCCUUUUGAAUUAAUGGACUGAGUCUUAGAAAUGAAUACGGAAAGUCAUCAUGGCUCUUUAAUUAUGAUAUUUAUGUUACCCCUCUGUUUAUGCUACUUGCUGUGCACUGAUGUUUGAUAUUCUGUUCCAUUUUCCAAAGUUAUUUAUGACUCCAUGAUAUUUCAAGAUACUAGUAUUAAAUUUUUAUGGAGAAAACUAUCAUACUAAAUACCGGUAUUCGGUUUAGCUCUUGUCAAAGCCAUCUAGUGUGUUUUAAAAAUAUUAUAAAACAUUUGUUGGAGACAAAUUUUUAAAAUACAAUGAUAUUAAAUUUAUCACAAUACUAUUUUGAUACUC